AUGGGCAGUGUUCUGGCUUUGUCUUCUGGUCAGGGCCACCAGAACUGGCCAUUUUCUACGGACCCCCCUCCUUCUCGUUGGGAUGCACAUCCCGCUCAUUGGUACAGCCCGCCACGCUGGGAGAGGAGAGAUGGACGGCUACCUAACCCUGGCAGUUUUCAUUCCCUUCACAGAAGUUGCAAAGAUGUGUUUCCUCAGCAGAUUGAGGGAGUCAAGAUGAUUGUCAAUAAAACUCUAAGCAGCUUCUUUAAGGUUAGUCAUACCCUCCACCUCAGUGCUGUCAGUCCUUCGUACUAUCGAUUCCAUGUGGAGCAUCUGCAAUCUGAUGAUUACAGCAAAGACAAAGAUGCCCCCGCUUUGAUCGGUGAGAUGGAUUCCUCGGGCAGUCUGAAUGCUCACGCUUUGCUGCAUCUUACUGAACGUGUACGAGCCAGAUCUGUUUUCCAGACCCAGCAGUCUCAGUUUGUAACGUGGCAAUUUGAAACGGAGUACAGGGGGAGCGACUUCACCGCUGCUGUUACAGUGGCAAAUCCAGAUGUGCUUAGAGAAUCAGUUAUUCUAGUGGCUCACUUUCUACAAAGUGUGUCCUCUAGUCUGGUGUUAGGAGGUGAGCUGGUCUACCACAGAGGCAGAGCAGAAGAGGGUGGAAUCCUCACACUGGCUGGACAGUAUUCAAGACCAAACUGGGUAGCAACACUGAAUGCUGGGAAAGGAGGUGCCCACGCUAGCUAUUAUCACCGGGCUAACAAGCAGAUCCAAGUAGGGGUGGAAUUUGAGGCCAGUACCAGGACUCAGGAGACUACAACGUCAUUUGGAUAUCAGAUGGAACUACCAGAGGCUAACAUGGUCUUUCGAGGUAUGAUAAACAGUCGCUGCAUCAUAGGUGGAGUGCUGGAAAAGCGAUUAAGCCCGCUCCCUGCCACGCUAAUUAUGGGGGCUUUUGUCAACCACCGCGGUGACAAGCUGCAAGUAGGUCUAGGUGUCAAUGUUGGACAAUAA